AUGACGUCUGAAGACCAGAAGUCCUCCGGAAUAUCAUCAGCUGCGUCUAUGUCUACAAGCAGCGCUCACAGGGCCAUGGCGCUAAUAGGGCAAGUAGAGCCUUUCGACGAAUCUAUUUCUCAUUGGCCGUCAUAUGAAGAGCGGUUAAAGUCAUUUCUUCGUGUCAACCGCAUCCCCGACAAUGACCAUGUUGACGCCUUUUUGAGCAUUGUGGGAGGAAAAACGUUCGAGUUGUUGAAGAACCUGUGUUCGCCGGAAUUGCCCGCUUCCAAGACUCUGGACGAGUUGUUAAAAGUGCUGAGAGACCAUUUGUCUCCGAGACCCUCCGUUAUUGCUGAACGUGCAAAAUUUCAUAACCGUUCACAGCAAGAGAAUGAGACGAUGGCCGAAUUUGUUGCGGAGCUAAAACACCUGGCAGAACACUGUAAUUUUGGGAGGGUGUUAGACGAAAUGCUUCGGGACCGAUUUGUGGCAGGACUUCUACGAGUAGAUAUUCAGAAAUCUUUGUUCACGGAAGACGAUUCUUUAAGCUUUAAGAAAGCGGUAGAGAAAGCAUUUUCUCUGGAACGUGCAACGAGAAAUGCUGCUGAAUGCCACGUUAGAAAGCCAAAUUCGUUUGAGUCAGGACUACAGAAAUUCAGCACGCAAAAAGAUGCCAGUGUGAAGAAGAGUACAUGCCAUCGUUGUGGUUCUGAAAGGCAUGCAGCCCACCAAUGUUCGUUCAAAAACGCAACAUGCUUCAAGUGUCGAAAAAUUGGGCAUAUAGCGGCUGCCUGUGCUAGUGUAAAACGCCAAAAUAAUCAGCAUAAGCGUACAAGUCGAAACACGCUUAAGAAGUUGUCGCCUAAUGCGGGGACCACGCAAAGUGUAUUGAAGUCUUUAAACAGCAUGAAAGGUCCAGAACCUAUUACGUUUGACAUGGAAAUCGAACGAGUGCCUUUGCGUAUGGAGUUGGACACGGGAGCUGCUGUCUCCGUUAUCUCAUGGAAAGACUUCAAGCAAAAGUUUCCAAAGUUAAAGUUACUUCAAACGUCGUUGCAACUGAAAACGUACACCGGAGAAACAGUGAUUCCUUGCGGUUUAGUUAACGUCAGUGUUAAUCACAAGGACUUUCAAGGUGUCCUUCCAUUGCACGUGCUACCCCAAGCGGGACCACCGUUAAUCGGCAGAGACUGGUUACGGCAAGUUCGUCUUGAUUGGCAAAGUUUACAUCAAGUGAAAGUAGCUGAAAACAGAAGCGUGACGCACCUUCUGCAAAAAUUCAGCCAUAUCUUUUCCGAUGAUGUGGGAAUGAUAACGAAUGACUGUGCUACACUCAUUUUGAAGCCAGAUGCGACCCCACGUUUUGUGAAAGCAAGAAGUCUCCCGCUAUCCUUAAAACCAGCUGUUGAGAAGGAAAUAGAACGAUUGAUAAAGAAUGACGUUUGGACUCCAGUACAGACAAGCGAAUACGCGACACCGAUCGUACCCGUCGUGAAGAAAGACGGGGGCAUACGUCUCUGUGGAGACUAUAAGGUUACACUAAAUCCUCAACUGGUAGCAGAGAGCUACCCGCUGCCUCGAAUAGAUGAAAUGCUUGCUGCGUUAGCCGGUGGAAGGUACUACUCAAAAAUCGACCUCAGUAGGGCCUAUUACCAAGUUGUGAUGAGUGAACAAUCUAAACGUCUUCUUACUGUGAACACACAUAAAGGGUUAUUUGCGGUCAACCGUCUGCCCUUCGGUGUGGUGUCUGCACCAGCGCUUUUUCAGCGAAUUAUGGACAACAUGCUAAAAGGAUUGAACGACGUCGUCUGCUAUUUAGAUGAUAUAUUGGUCAUGGGAAGAACGCAAGAGGAGCAUUCGAAAAACCUGGAACAAGGAUGGUAA